AUGAGCCUUGAGGUAAGAAAAGAGCGAUUUCGGUUCCGGAGCUGCCCAAAAUGCUGUGCACUUGGUCCAGGACCUAUUAGUCGCAUGUCUCGCCCUGUUGAGGCUGCUCCCCCUAGGAGAACAUGCUUUGCUAAUUCUACAAUGAUCAUGUUUGAUGGCGGCGCUCGUGCCUUUGUCGGCGAGAGGGACCCAUGCAGAUCCAGGCAUAUGGGUCAAGUCUUGGUCCUGCGCCCCAUGGAGGAAUGUCUGCUCUCCGGCUUUCCUUGCGCACUGCUCUGCGCUGCCAUCCGCCACAGCAGGGCGAUCCUGUGCGGUCACAGCCUUGGGGUCACGGUUGCCUUGACCGUAGCCACGAGGUUGACAACAUGUGGCCUGUGCGUGCGUGGCGUCGUGGGGUUGGAUCCCCGCCUUGGCCAAGCACUUGACCUGUGGGGACGUUUGGAACCCGAAAGCCUGCUGGGCUUCCAGGCGCCACUUCACUUCCGACUCGAAACGGUGAGCACUGUGGACUACGUGGCCCCGCCGGUCCCGCGCGGGCGCCUGCCAAGCCGAUUUCCAAAGUUGGCCGAAGUGGCCGCCUGGCAUCACUGCCAAGCUGCCUGGCGCCGCAAUCAGCUUCUGGCCGACGCUGACCAUUAUGAUGUGCGGCGCGCGCACAUUUGGGACAUCAGCCGUUGCAUCGAGGGCGAGUGA